AGUGUCAACGAGAAAUAGGUGACAAGGAAAUUGGGGGUUGGGGUCGGAGCUGUUUGGAGAUGCCGCAGGGGGAGGGUUCUCACGCCGCACGGGGCGGAGCCCUGCGAAUCGGGGCGGGACGUGGGACAGAGACGGGUGGGACCUCCGUGCUGGUGCCAGUGGAGGGCGGAGCUCGGCAGUUGGGGGCGGAGCUAGGACCGGUGGGGGGCGGAGCCCGGCUCCUGGAGGAGGAGCUGGAACAGGUGGAAGGCGGGGCGUCGGGUCUGGAGACCGAGGGGGACGGAGCCCAGGCGCUGGGGGCGGGAUUUCCGUCGGUGAGUGGCGUGGCAAAGGGGCCUAGUUCUGUCGGGGGCGGGGCCGCAGGGCCGGGGGCGGGACUACGCUCCUUAAAGGGCGGGGCCAAGGAGCCAAGCGAAGGGCUAGGCCAGAGCAAUGGCCCGGGGCGUCCGCGCGGGGGCGGUCUCCGUGGUGGCAGGGCCUGGGGACGGGGUAGGCCGAGAACUCCCCCCGGAGAGGUGGUGUGGGUGGAGCGGGCUGGGCGGCCGGCCGACACAGGGCCAGUCUGGAUACCCCGGAGACCCCCGAGGGCUCAGAGCUGGGGCGGCGCCCCGGGCGGAGGUACAGGGCCGGGCUGGGGGGUACCUCCGGAGGAUCGGAGCUCCCCGGAGCCACCCAGCGGGGAUGUGUGGGUGCCUCGGGGCCGACCCCCUGCAGCAGCCGCAGAGGUGUGGGUGUGCUGGGCCGGGGGCAGCUGGGUGUGGCGUGAGUGGGGCCGCCCGGUCGGGGCAACUGCUGUGCAGUCAGAUAGAGUCUGGACUUUGCGUAAAGGGACGGGUGGGAAUUGAAGAGCGCAGGUGGGGACCAGGAGGGAGGGAAGGUUUGGGGGUGAGC